AUGACCCCACCAUUUCAACGCGCCGUCGACUGGUAUUUCGCGCCGAAUCGGCUCCCGAGUAUAACGGCGACGUCGCCGCGGACUGCAGUGUCCGCCCAGCCACAUGCCGAGUCGACGACACCCCGAGACCCCCUGCCCCGGCCUGACUCAUCGCCUGCUCGACCCUCAUUUGCGUCGCCAACAAGAGCAAGUUUGGAGCGCUUCAACCCGGAAAUUGUGAGAAAGGGGGAAAGCCAACCUCGGGCCGUACGAUCCUCUCCCGAUGCGCCUCCCGCGGCCUCGCGCGCAGCCACGCCCGAUAGUACGGGAAGCUUGACGAGGGCAAUGAGGACUAAACUCGAGUUGCGUUCUGCAGGCAAGGACGGACCAAAGGCUGGAUCCGAAGGCGGCAGUGUUCUCCGGUCACCAGCGAGACAAUCCGGCGCAGGUUGGACCCCGACGAGACCGACGCCCAGACCGCUCCCGCCACCAGCGCCCGAGGAGGAUGACGAGCUGUUGAGAGCCUUUUCUGGGCGCUUGCGACCCGCUGCAUCUCUUGGAGUUCUUCCCGAAGUGGUCGUUCCUGAGCCGGAAUUACCCCCGACUCCAGAGCAUCCCGACCCUGUCGUCAGCACACCUCCGUCGGGAAUACACAACACACCUUCGCGGCGCCGUAAGCGGAGCAGAACAUUGGCAGAGAGGCCUAAAAGCUCCUCGCCACUCAAGCAAUCGCCGCUACGGCCCCCAGGAAAGCUUCAAAAGGAUAUACAGCUGGAUUUCAGCCGCCCAGCCAACGGGUCCCAGACCCUCCUACCCAGCGGUUCCCGUGAACCACCAACAAAUGCCGAGUUACGCGGCCUGAAAUUCCCUGAUCCCGAUGCUGAGAAGAAGAAACUCCGUGACUCUCUGAUGGCCGAGGUCAGUCAACUGGAGCGAGACCUAACUGUCGCGAGUCGCGAGAAUGAACGCAUCCGCCAGGCACGGCUUUCCCGACGCGCCGCCUCCCCUCCCUCCAAUAAACACGACAUCCUUGACCUCCUCAGCCGCCGCGCCCUUCCGCCAAACGAAAAACCCACCAAACCGUACCCCGUUGAACCCUGGCUCGCCUCCGCCCUUAAUCCAAUCACCUUCCUCCCCUUCAGCAAGCACUCCCCUUCGGGAGCGCUGUCCCUUCUACAACCGCCCUCCCAUCCGGACACCGACUUCGCCCCUCCCGUCUCGCACCACCCGCUCCCGAUGACGGCCGCCGAAGCCCUUCCCUACCUGCAGGUCUUCACCCCGCUUACCUUCACCUCCCACGUCUCGCCACUGCCCCCCAGCACCACCACCAACGAAGGUGAAGAAGACCUCUCAAAACCCAUUCUCCAGCACCACACAAUCACCGCCUCCUCUACCUCCCCCAGGGGUUUGUUCACCGCCCGCCUCGAGAUGACAGUCAACACCAAGACGAUGGCCAUCGCAGAGCUCUCGGUGCCGCGGCUCGACCCAGCCGCUGAAGCCGAACUGAGGCCGUUUGUGGAGAGGGUCGUGACGAAAACGAAUGGCCAGGCGGGCGAGAAGGCGGUACCGCCAAGUAGUGGGCUGCACAACAAUGUCGGGGUGCUGACGUGGGCUAUGGGCGAGUGGGUGCGCGUGGCAGUGAAGCGCGCGAAGAUGUGGAGCGUGCUGGAGCGGGAGGUGUGCGCGGGGAAGGAGUCACUGAGGGAGAUGGUUGCGAGGCAGAGGAGGGCUGGAAGGAGGAAGAAAGGGCGGAAGAGGAGGAGGAAGCUGUGGGUUGCCGGGGAAGAGGGUCGGGAGGAGGAGGAGAGGCAUAGUGACAGUGAGGAAGAAGAUGGGGUGGAGAAGUACGGGACGGCGGAUUUGCUGCCUUUUAUGGGAAGGACGUCCAUGGACUUGGAGGUGCCGGCGCUGGAUGGCGGGGACGGGCAGGUGUCGACGUUAAGGGUGCAGUGGCGGAUUGGGUUCGACUGGACGGGCGAGGCGAGGAGCGAGGUUGGCGUGUUGGUUGGUGUGCCGGGAAAGUGGCAUAAACAUGAUGAGAGGGGGAAGUUGUCGGGUCUGCCUAAGCUGUUUGACGAGCUUAUCGAGGGCAGCGAAGAGCCGCUAACUGCCGUCAGAACGAUUGUGUGCCUACUCGCCGGAGAAGCAAGGUCAUGA